AUGCGUCCUGAGGCUAUUCCCAAAUAUAAUAGAGUUGAUAAUAAUGAUGAAGAGGAAUUAGGUUUAUUACCAUCUGAUUUACAAUCCGUACCACCUGCUGCUACUUAUAUGAGUAAGGAUGCAGAAUUAGAAUCUCAAAUUGAAUCUGCUUCUACUUAUAUGAGUAAAGAUUCAUCAUCCUUACCACCUACAGCUAUUUAUAUGACCAAAGAUCAAUCUUUAAAAGGUUCAUUUUCAUUCUGGGGAAUAGGUGAUAGAAAAGAAACAAAAACAGAAACAGAAACAGAAACAGAAACAGAAACAAUUACAAAAUCAUCAUCACCUUGGACAAUCAUCAAAUCAAAUUUAACUAACAAAUCGUACCUAAUUCAUUAUUUCAUAGUUUCUAUCUCAGCAGGAAUUGGACAAAUGUAUAUAUAUACAGUUGGAUUCAUAGUAACUGCUCAAUUUUACUAUGGUCAACCACAGGAUGAACAUACAAGACAUGAUCCAAAAGUAUCGAGUUCCCAAGCAUUACAAGUGUCCAUAAUUUCAGUAUCCUCCUUCCUUGGUCGUUUAAUAGCUGGGUUCUUAUCAGAUUAUUUACAUAAACGAUUUCAAAUACAAAGAAUUACCAUUGUAUUAUUCACUUUAGUUUUGUUGAACAUCGGACAGGGUAUAAUUAUAACUAAUGUAAGUAGUCAGAUUUUGGUUUCCAUAGCUAGUGCCUUUAUGGGAUCAAGUUACGGAUUAAUAUUUGGUACUUAUCCUGCAAUUAUAGCUGAUGAAUUUGGAUCUAAAUCAUUUUCUACAAAUUGGGGUUUAAUUUGUACGGGGCCAUUAUUUACCCUAUAUAUAUUAAAUAAAUAUUUUGGUUUGAUUUAUGAUGACAAGAUUAAUAAAGAUACUGGUGUCUGUUAUUUGGGUAAUUUAUGUUAUAAAGGUGCUUUUGAAUUAAGUUUUGCGGUUUGUUGUUUGGCGUUUUUGGUUACCGCAGUUUUGAUAUAUAAAAGAAGAAAAUGA